GUUGCAGGUUUUGACAGCAGGUCCGUUUUUACCUCUUUGCUUUCUUUAAACCACCCUGCCUCGCUUUUCUUUCUCUAUUUAAUACACCUUUUCCGCUGCCGUGUGUGUGUGUAUGCGUGUGUGUAUUUAUUUAUUUAUGCAUCUCAUUUGAAAGUGUCUAGGUUUUUGUUAUUUGUACAUUUUUUUUUAGUCGCUCCUCAAAUGAGAAGACGUAAAAGAUGGAGCUUCAUAUUUUAGAGCACAGCUUGAAAGUGGCGAGUAUAGAAAAAGAGGGGAUCCAGAUUUGCACUCAUGGAUUAAUCAAACUCGCUUUCCUGGCCUCCAAAACAAGAUGUAAGUUCUUCAGCCUGACGGAGACCCCGGAGGAUUACACUAUCAUCGUGGAUGAGGAGGGCUUCAAAGAGCUGCCUCAGUCGGAGUACAUCAGUGUCGCGGACGCUACGUGGUUAGCUCUUAACGUGGUGUCCGGGGGGGGCAACGCCUCCAACUCGCAGCCCAUCGGAGUCACAAAGAUCGCCAAAUCAGUCAUCGCUCCGCUGGCCGACCACAACAUCUCCGUCUUCAUGCUGUCCACCUACCAGACCGACUUCAUCCUGGUGCGGGAGCGGGAUCUGCCUCUGGUGAUGCACACGCUGUCUUCCGAGUUCACUCUGCUGCGGGUCGUCAACGGAGAGACGGUGGCUGUGCACGACCUGGGAGUCACCAACGGCUUCGUCAAACCCAAACUGGUGCCCCGGCCCAUCAUCCACCCUCUCUCCAGCCCCAGCAACAUGUUCUGUGUGACGAGCCUGGACCCCGACACGCUGCCCUCUGUGGCCACGCUGCUCAUGGACGUCAUGUUCUACUCCUCAGGGCCAAAGGAGCCCGGGGCCUGCAGCGAGGACUCGAACCACAUCCGCUUCUUCUCCUUCUCCCUGAUCGAGGGCUACAUCUCUCUGGUCAUGGACGAGCAGACCACUCAAAGGUUUCCAAACAAUGUCCUCUUCACCAGUGCUUCUGGGGAGCUUUGGAAAAUGGUGCGAAUCGGAGGACAACCUUUGGGAUUCGACGAGUGCGGCAUCGUGGCUCAAAUAUCUGAACCUCUGGCAACGGCUGACAUUCCUGCUUACUACAUUAGUACUUUCAAGUUUGACCACGCCCUGGUUCCUGAAGAGAACAUCCAAAGUGUGAUUGGAGCUCUGCGGACCAAGAGCACGGCACAGUGAAGGAAACCAGUGGAAGUUAAAAAAAAAAAAACGAUUUCAAGUCAUUUCGUUCAAACGUUUAUCCAAAAAGUGCCCGGAGCUGAUCAGCGGACUUCUGAUGAUCGCCUCCGAAAAGGAAGGAACCGGAAGCGUCAGACGGAGGAGAUGAUGGUGUAAGAGAUGCCUUUGUUACUCGGCCAAUUUCUUUAAACCCUCUCCUCCCUUUAUUCCCUCCCCCGGCACAGGAAACACUCCCUUUAGUUUACCAGACUGAACAGUUCUCCCUCUCUCUGAAGCUGCUUCUUCAUGAGCGCCAUACUGUAUUAGUUACUCUCGUGGAAAACAUUACGAAUGUACUAAAUAUUUGAUAUUUCAUCAAAGCUUUCAAUAUUUGAAUCUUUUGUUUCCCACAAAAGAUCAUUUCUCAGUGCCAUGAUGUUUGAAUGCCUAAACAGAUGCCUUUGUCAGAAUACUUUACAUGUGUGCAAUUCUAGGAGACAAUUUUCUGAUCGAUGACACAGCGGCCGGUCGAGAAAUACGGUGUGCUUUUUCGUUGUUGCUUUUAGUAGCUGAACAUCUUUUAAUCGCAGCGAUGAUUUUACUGAUUGAGUCUUUUGUUUAGAUUUAGAUUCUGGGUCUGAUGGACAUGAAGUGAGUCCAAGGCCUUGUUGAGGAAGUGAUCAUUUUGGCAUUUUUUGAAAAACAGUAAUAUGCAGUCACACUGUGAGCAGCCUGGUCGAUGGGUCACUCCAAAUGAGCAGAUUUUAUCCCCAUAUUUAAAAUGUGGAAUUAUGAAAAUGUAAUUAACAGGGAAAUAUUUGAUUUAAGUUUAAAAAAAAGACAAAUAUUUUCACGAUAGAGAUUCUGAAAUUAAAGAGCUUUUGGGCUUUUGAGUGGACAAACUAAAGAAGCUAUGUUUUGCCUCUGAAAAAAACACUGUUCAGAGACAUGUCUGUUUUUCAGAGACAUUGAAAGUCUAAAACCUUACUGAUGUUUACCUGAAUUUUCAUAUUUGAAAAUCCAAGAGGUUUAAUUUGCUGUAUUUAAUUUUAAAACUAAUUAAAUAUAUAAACCUGAUUCUCUCAAUUAUUCAUUACGAAAUGUUAUAAUGUGUCAUGAUGACCUUACAGACGUUCACUGGUACCAGUUAAAAAGAGAGGCCUGGAUGUUUAAUCCCUUCUCUAUAGUGCUUUGUUACCUCUCACAUGUUGCUCGCAGUGUGACCCCGCAUUGAACCCGGUGAUAUAAAGUGCAAUGAUAAGAAAUGUUUUGCAUCUACAGUAGAGAUAAAUUACUGAGGCACUUUGACAAUGUACUAGAAUAAUGACAUAAACAUAAGCUAUGGUUCACCGGGGAAGGAGCCCUGGCGGCCAUGUUGGUGUCUUGUCGUUUUUACAACUCCAGUUUAGAUUCAACCACGCCCACUUCUGCAUGACGAAAGCAUCGGCGUCAGAGCGGCGUUUUCGUCCCACAAAAUAUGAACGUAACAGCUACUGCAGUGUCCUUUUCAAAGUAGAUAGCUGAGUAAACGUUAUUUAAUCUACCAAUAUUAACUCCCCAUGGAUUUAAGAUGGAUUUUGUUGUCAUUUAUUUUAUUUAAAUGUUUUAUUUCUUAAAUGUUUUAAUUAUUAUUGUUAUUGUACUUUGACAUAUACAUUCUUAAAAUGUCCCACUACAGAUUGACGUUAUGUCAUCUUGAAGUUAAGAUGUAUUGAUAUAAUGCAAGAUAAUGAUGAUCAGUAAGAUAACAAUAAAUCUAGUAUAUACAGUGGGGCAAAAAAGUAUUUAGUCAGCCACCAAUUGU